AUGCUCGUACUAAAUACGUUGUCUAUUUUAGUUCAAGUGGUGUUCAUAGUGUUUAUGUCAUUGCUUUCUAUGAAUAUAAUUCGACAUUUUACUGGCUAUCGCAAAAUGAUGGUUUUAGCGCCCGCGCUUUUUGUAAAUCACGGUGGUGGCCCGAUGCCACUUCUUGGUGACAAAGAACACGCUGGUCUGACUAUUUUCUUACGGGAUGAAGUGAAAAAACAUGUCAAUAUUAAAGAAUUAAAAGCAAUCAUUUUAAUUACUGCGCAUUGGGAAGAAAAUAAAGUGACUAUUUCAUCAGGUAAGCAUCACAACUUGUAUUUUGAUUACUAUGGAUUCCCACCAGAAUCUUAUAAGUACAAGUAUGAUGCACCGGGUGAUCCAGAACUAGCUGAACACAUUAAAAAGAGCUUGGACAAGGCUGGCAUAGAGUCUAGACUUGACUCCAAAAGAGGUUGGGAUCAUGGAGUAUUUGUUCCAAUGAUGCUUAUUAAUCCUGAAGCAGAUAUACCAAUAAUUCAAAUAUCGGUUUUAAGCAAUCAAGAUCCUGAGCAGCACUACAAACUUGGGCAAGCCUUAUAUGAGUUCCGAAAGGAGGGUAUUGCCAUAUUUGGAUCUGGUAUGUCUUAUCACAACAUGAGAGAGUUUAUGUAUAGCAGACAUCAAAAUACAGUUGUUAAUAAAGAAUUUGAUGAUUUCUUAAAUGAAGUUUGUACAUCUGAGAGUGAAGAGAAAAGACGAAAAGGUCUUAUAUCUUGGAGACAGCAGCGAGGAGCAUCUGAUGCCCAUCCUCCGCGUGCUGCUGAACACUUCAUGCCAUUGAUAGUUGUAGCUGGAGCAGGAGGCUCAGCACCUGGUAAAAGGAUAUUCAACUGGGAUAUGAGUGGUACAUUCCGUUUAAGUGCAUUUAUUUGGAAAGAUAAAUAA